AUGGCAGCAAACCCGUCAGAAGGCCCCGGUGGUCAAAAUCGCGACGACAGUGAGCGGGAAUCUUUGAGCGAAGACACAUAUCACGUCGGUACAAAUGGUGAAUCGACCCAAGACACAGCGGAUUUGACUGCGAAGAAACCUUGUGUCGGCGACACGUCCAAGGUUCGCUUCUCGAUCGAACUGCCCCGAGAGACAGAGGAGGAUAUACGAACGAGGGAGAUCAAAACUUCUGCUCGUCCUCAUGCUGGCAUACUUAAGAGCCCAUCCGUGGGCCGCAGCCGGGGAUACUCCCUCAGACGUUCGCUUUUCGCACAGAAUAUCCAGAGGCAGGCUUCGGACAAUGCAGGUACAUUUGAGAUGGAUCCUUCAAAGGCUGGGGCCGACGCACCAAAGAUUGACUCGCGCCCGACCACGAUCACUAUUGAGGAGGCGGAAGAAGAACCUGAUGCGCGCAGACCUGUUCGAUUAUCGGAUUCAGACCUCGAGCUGCCGUUGUACCGACGAUGGAUGUCUACACAUCACUCUCGCUCAACUCUACUCAAGCGCCUCACAGAAAGAUACCUUCUGUUACGGGACAAAAUCAUUCGAGCCAACACCAUUCCGCCCAGUCUUGAUGGACGGCAUAUCAGAGUGAAUGUGAUAGAGGCUGAUCACGCCCUCGACGAGAGGACUGGCAAGCCCUACAUCAGCAACGUCAUCCGUUCUUGUCGCUACACGCCCUGGAACUUUGUCCCCAGACAGCUUGUCGCCCAAUUUGGAAAACUCGCGAACUUCUACUUCCUGUGCGUUUCCAUACUUCAAAUGAUACCCGGUCUGAGUACCACAGGGACGUACACCACCAUAAUCCCGCUUCUGAUCUUUGUUGCUCUAUCCAUGGCCAAAGAAGGAUAUGACGACAUUAGGAGACAUCGCCUGGACAAGGAAGAGAACGAAAGAAUCACGCAGGUUCUCAGGAUUUCCUCAUCUGGCUCUAGCCAUACGGAAUGGCAGGAGAAAACUUGGAGCGAAAUCCGUGUUGGCGAUAUCGUACAACUGAAGAGAGAUGCCGGAAUUCCCGCCGACUUGAUACUGCUUCAUAGUGACGACCCCGCGAACACUGCUUACGUUGAGACGAAAAGCCUUGAUGGUGAAACGAACCUCAAAUCCAGAAAGCCUGUCGGCGAAGUGAGUGCCGCUUGUCAAGAUCUCGAUGCCAUCGCCAGGCUCCCUGCUGAAUUCGUGGUCGAGGAUCCGAACCUGGAUCUCUACAAAUUCGAUGGCAGGGUAACGAUUAACGGAUCGACACUACCAUUGACCAAUUCGGAAGUCUUGUAUCGUGGUAGUGUCCUGCGCAAUACUCCAUAUGCAGUUGGCUUGGUCAUCUAUUCUGGCGAGGAGUGCAAAAUACGUAUGAAUGCUAACAAGACUCCACGGGUCAAAGCACCGACGUUACAGGCAAAGGUUAACAAAGUCGUCAUUUUUGUGGCGUCCCUCGUCAUCUUCAUGGCCAUCAUCCUGACUGUGGCUUAUCAGAUUUGGCGUCGGACAACUGAGGAGAAAUCGUGGUACCUCCAGGACGCGAAAGUGCCUUUUGGUCAUGUUCUGACCUCCUUCAUCAUAAUGCUGAACACGAUGUUGCCUCUGAGCUUGUAUGUGUCACUCGAAAUCGUCAAGUUGGCCCAGAUGUUCCUGAUGAACGAUGUGGAUAUGUACGAUCCUGAAUCAGACACCCCGAUGGAACCGCAUACCUCGACAAUCAACGAGGAACUAGGUCAGGUCAGCUAUAUCUUUUCUGACAAGACCGGGACACUUACGAACAAUUCGAUGAAAUUUCGGAAGAUGAGCAUCGCUGGCACAGCGUGGCUGCAUGACCUCGACCUGCAAGACGAAGCUGUAGACGGAGCUGGCCGCGAGAAGCUGUGGCACAAAAAGCGAGGUGGUAAAGGAAAGGAACACCGCCCGGAGAAGAAGCUGCGGACGUCCUUAUCUAGGGCUCUUCGGAAAUCUACUGCGUCAGCCAGUACUAGAAUUGAUAAUCAGACAAAGGACGUGCUUGGUGCGGACGACACUCAGUGGAGAGCGUCAAACGGUCUCGACAUGACGUCGGAAACAGGCAAGACCCAAGAUCUACUGGAUUACAUCUAUCGGCGACCUUAUACUGCUUUUGCACGGAAAGGUCGAUUCUUUCUUCUUUCACUGGCUCUAUGCCAUACUUGUAUUCCGGAAAAAGACGAUGAAGGAAACAUUGAAUAUCAGGCUGCUUCUCCGGAUGAACUGGCUCUGGUGACAGCCGCACAAGACUUGGGUUACAUUGUUACCGAUCGACAGUCCAACACAGUGACGAUCAAGACUUAUUCUGACGGAGACGAGGACUCUCCCAUCUAUGAAACCUACGAAGUGCUGGAUGUUAUUGAGUUUUCCAGCGCCAGGAAACGAAUGUCGGUCGUCGUACGUUUUCCCGAUCAACGUAUUUGCCUGGUCAGUAAGGGGGCGGACAGUACCAUUCGGAAACUCUUGCGCUUAGCAGAUCUGGCAGCUUCGAAUGUGCAAGCUGUAGAAAGACGAGCCAGUCAGCGGAAAAGUGUCGAGGCCCAAGAAGCUUUGAGAAGGCGCAGCACUCAGUUGAGUAGAACGUCAAGCUCCGGCAAUGCGGCUUCACCAAGACCGAGCGGCUUCUCCUUCGACCCUUCUCGAACUGCUCGUGAUAGCGUUGACCAUUGGUUGAAAGAACGUGAAAGAGAUGUGGGGACUUCUCAACGACGGAAAAGCUCUCAAUUCUACUCGCCUCGACCAUCAAUGCAGAUUACAACUCGCAAGUCGGAAAGCCACGUGGGUGGUCAAGCUCAAUACUCGCCUCAGAUCACCCCUCGUGUUUCCAUGCAAGUCGACGAUUCGGAGGAUCUAGUUGAAGAGAGCCUUGUUCUAGACGAUGAUGUCGUGUUCGAACGUUGUUUCCAGCACAUUGAUGACUUUGCGACAGAAGGCCUCCGAACGCUCCUGUAUGCAUAUCGCUACCUGACCGAAGAUGAAUACAAGACUUGGAAAGAGGUCUAUCUAUCUGCGACAACAAGCAUCGUGGAUCGGCAGGAGAAAAUUGAACAUGCAGCGGAGUUACUUGAGACCAGAUUGGAGUUACUUGGAGCCACCGCAAUUGAGGAUAAACUUCAGAAAGGUGUUCCGGAUGCCAUUGAUCGGUUUCGGAGAGCCGGUAUCAAGAUGUGGAUGCUUACUGGUGACAAACGAGAGACUGCCAUCAACAUUGGUCACUCGUGUCGAUUGAUCAAGGAUUAUUCUACUGUCAUUGUCCUUGACCAUGAGUUUGGGGACUUGCAUGACCGACUGGCGCAGGCAUUUGUUCAGAUCGCCGACGAGAAGACGGCGCAUUCCGUGUUAGUUAUCGAUGGACAAACUCUGACUAUUAUCGACGCCGACCGUGCGACAAGGGCGCUUUUCACCGACGUUGCGAUCCGGGCUGACUCCGUGGUAUGCUGCCGGGCGUCCCCUAGUCAGAAGGCUUCUCUGGUCCGGACCAUCAGGACCAAAGUCAAGGGUUCUGUAACAUUGGCUAUUGGAGAUGGCGCCAACGACAUUGCUAUGAUCCAAGAGGCGCAUCUGGGAAUUGGAAUUGCAGGUAAGGAAGGUCUCCAAGCUGCACGAACCUCCGACUACUCAAUUGCGCAAUUCCGUUUCUUGUUGAAACUAUUGCUUGUGCAUGGGCGAUGGCACUAUGUUCGAAUCUGCAAAUAUCUUCUCGGUACUUUGUGGAAAGAAAUGAUGUUCUACAAUGCUCAGGCUCUCUACCAGCGAUGGAAUGGAUACACCGGCACAAGCUUGUACGAGCCGUGGAGUUUGUCCAUGUUCAAUACCCUGUUCACAUCUCUCCCGGUAAUUUUCCUGGGGGUCUUCGAGAAGGACUUGGCUGCAUCGACGUUGCUGGCAGUGCCAGAACUCUACAACUACGGUCAACGGGACCGCGGAUUCAACUUCUGGAUCUAUCUGAGGUGGUCUGCACUGGCGGUAUGUGAAGCAGUUCUUGUCUACUUCAUGAUCUACGGCAUGUACGGCCUCGCUUUGUUCACCCGCGACCAGGAGCUGUACGCCUUUGGCUCCCUGGUAUUCACUGCCUGUGUGGUGAUCAUCUCUUUGAAGUUGCAGUUCAUCGAACUGCACCAUAAAUCGGUAAUGGCAGCGAUAGCGAUCUUCUUGUCAGUGGGUGGAUGGUGGUUGUGGAAUCUUAUUCUGUCAAGCAUAUACCCUUUCAACCCUGUGUACAGUGUCAACCACGCCCUUCUGGAUCGCUUCGGACGCAAUCUUCUCUGGUGGAUCACACUGCUCUGGACCAUCUCGGCUGUGUGUCUGCUCGAAGUAAUCAUCAAAGCGAUCAGCGCGGCGGUGUGGCCUAGCGACGUGGACGUCUUCCAAGGAUUCGAACAAGAUAGAGAGGUUCGCAAGCGGUUUGAAGAGGCUGCGGCAGAUCUCCUGCAACAGGGUUGGGACAGAGGGACCAAGAAGUCCAGCCUGGAAUUGGCCCGAGAAGCGGCCCAACAAGCCGAACAAGCCGAACGGGAGGCACAAGUCCAAGAGCUGUUGAACAAGCCUCGAGACAUGACGGACAGGCGAAAGCCCAACAUGAGGAGGAACGACUCGGGACUCAGCACCAAAGCAGAGCCCCGGACCAGAAGACCACAGAAUCACCGAGAAGCGAGCAGUCACGAAAUGAGCGAAGUACAGCUAUCGGAACAACGAAAGUCAAUCGAUAUCGGCGAACUUUUCAGCAAGGGGUUUGGCGCAGUGCGCAGGAGCCAGGAGUUACUACGAUAG